CGCGCAAUUUUUUGCCAUUUGAGACGGCUCAGUAGAGGCCCAAUUUGGCUCCAAAAAGCCCAAAACCCGCCUAAAGAUCCAAACCGCUUAAUCUACAAAGAAGUUUUUGAAGUGUGAGAAAAUCGACCUUGCUCACUAUUGGCAAUAGGUUCUUCAUUCAGAUUGAUUUCCCUACGAAUUUAGGCUACUACGAUUCGCCCUCAGGAGAAGGAGAUUGACGAUGGAAUCAUCAACAUCUUCUUCGUCUGUCAUAACGCCAGAAGAUGUAAUGGGGACACUGAUGAACGAUGGAACAAUUGAUUCCAUGAGGUUGAAAAUCAUUACUCAGCUCAAAGCUAAUGAAGAACUCAAAAAUACCACCAUAAAGAUGGUUGAGCAAAGCAGGGUUCUGAACACCCCUGGUGCGGAAAAGCAGACCAAAAGGGAGCUCUUUGACGCAUUGCGGCAAGAACUUGAGUCUUCAGUGCUUGAGAAAGCCUCUAAAUCAGUUUGGGAUCUAAUUUUGGAUAACAAUGGGAUAGGGAAGGAAAUAAGUGAAACUGUUGAACAAGUAUUCUGUCGGUUGAGUGGAAGAGAAGCACCAUUAUUUGUGUCGGAUUUUGGACCUCAACCAGAGAAAGGGAAAGAGAAAAAGAGUGAAAUCGGGGAAACUGGGAAAGAUAAUUCUGAAUCUUCUGCAACAAAGAAGAGAAAGAUGAACACAGAAGAGGAGUUUGAUGAAGCUGUCUGCAAAUCUAGUGACAAAUCAACCUCAUCAGACGAUUCUAGUAAAAUGCCUCCACCAAGUGUGAGAAGUUCCUGAAUCAACUCCAUUGUGUUUUAUCCAGCUUUUAGUGAGUUCUCCCUGCCCUCUUUUUUGUUCGCAGAUACCAGGAGAAUCGUUUUCACCUAUACUGGCUCAACAUAUUUAACUUGUAACGGGUUUGUUCAAUUCUAAAACGGUAUUAACUCA